AAAAAACAAAGCCCACCACCUUCUCCUUUCUUCUUCUAUUUCUCUCCUUGCUGUUUUUUCUUCUUUCAUCAAACGCACGAUCGAUCAUGUCUUCUCUUCAACGGAACGCAAGUGAAUUAAAACUAUCAGCACCACCACCGUCCCCUAUUCCAACCGGAAAAGGCUCACGUUCCGCCGCUAACGAAAUCUUAUGCGAAUACCUUGAGAAAACCUUAAACAUCCCUGACCUUUCUCUCCCUGAACCUCACAUUCCGUUAUUACAUGAUGAUAUUGAUACCCCUCCCAAUAUUCCGGAACAAAUCGAUUAUCAAUCACUAGAAUUAGGAGAUUAUGAAACCAUUGAUCGGCUCUUACGGUCCGCUAGGGAAUUCGGUGCCUUCAUGAUCAUUGACCAUGGCAUUUUUUACCAUGAUGACUCAUUGCGAUCGUUGGUUCUUGAGUCUGAUCGGGUUUUCCGUGAUUUAGAACAGGCUGACACUGGAGUCCUCGGUAAUUUCGGCAAUGAGAAUACAGAACAGAUUGCCUGGGUUCGUUCUGGGAAUAAACGAAUGAAAUGCGCGCGGGAUCAUUUCGUGACUGAAAGAUAUCGCAAUUUUAGCGAGAAGAUGGAGACAAUUGCUACCAAACUUGAUGCAAUUGCUGAACUAUUGGGUCAAAUUUUUGUCGAAAACAUAGCUAGAAUGCACUUUGGUAAAAGAAUCCAAGGCAAAGAGUCUGUUCUCAGUUUAUACAGAUACAACAACAACUAUAAAUUGGUACGGAAGCCAUUUUUGCCGAAUGAAAAAAACUGCAAACGUUGUGAUCAUACUUUGUGCCUUCACCUUCCUGCAAGGCGGUCUCGAUUUUUUGUCCAAUCAGCUAGUGGUCCUUUGUCUUUUGAUGCAGGUCCAGACACCAUUGUUGUCAUUGUUGGACAACGAUUUGAGGAAUGGAGCAUGGGGGAUUUCAAGUGUGCCUGUGGUGAAUUAAUCUGUGAGCCACACCUCCAGGGAAACCAAGUUUCUUUCUCUGUAGAGCUUAAAUGCUUGUCCUUAGAUUUAGAUCCUAGCUCCAAUAAAGGUUGUAAAACAAUCAGCAUAAGGGACCAAAUCCUGAUAAUGCUAGUCAUUGUUUUCUUGUACAAAAUUGUUAUGUUUCUAUUUUCAUAAUCUGCAGCAAGAGUAGGAAGCCGGUCCAGAAUUUGAUAGGGAGAUGAUAAAGCUUUUAUUUGGUGAUAGUUAGGUGCAACUUUUGUUGGAAAUUUUUAAUUUCUUUACACACGUCUGUUUGAUGUACAGUUUGGAAUGCAUUGUAUGAAAAGGUGCAAGUUUGAUGUGAGAAAUGUUAUAGCACAAAUUUAUUAUUUGCAAAAAUUAAACUAAAGAAAAGCAAUGUAAUACCACUUGAUUUCUGAAUAAAUGAGCCUGUCUCCACCUA